UAUUGCAUAUACAACCUUUGCUUAACGGAGCUUAGUUUCUUAAAAAAAAAAUUUCCGACUAGUGUCUAGUCGUUAUGCAGAGAGCUACAAACUGCGUUUUAGGACGUGUUUUUUAUACGUUAAACGUAGGAAAUGUUCCUGCUGUCAUUAACCGAGUAAACAUCCCCCUGGUAUGCAGAAAGUACAAUACACUUCCUCCUCCCCGGGACAAAGAGGAGAAAGCCAUGCUGGACAGCAUGCUACGGGUGGACCAUGCCGGUGAAUACGGGGCCAAUCGCAUCUAUGCUGGACAGAUGGCUGUUUUGGGUAGAACCCAGACAGGUCCGGUUAUCCAGCACAUGUGGGACCAAGAAAAGAUGCAUUUGCAGAAGUUUAAUGAGAUCUUGGGGGAGAACCGGGUGCGACCAACACUCAUGCUGCCUUUGUGGAACGUUGCAGGAUUUUUACUUGGAGCCUCUACAGCACUUCUGGGGAAAGAGGGUGCGAUGGCCUGCACUGUGGCGGUGGAGGAGAGCAUCUCUGAACACUACAACAACCAAAUCCGAACAUUAAUGGAGGCAGAUCCUGAGAGAUAUGAGGCGUUAUUACAGCUCAUUAAAGAAUUCCGUGACGAUGAGCUAGAGCACCACGACACUGGGCUGGAACACGACGCUGAAUCGGUACCUGGAUAUUUGGUUCUGAAGACUCUAAUACAGGCUGGCUGUAAAGCUGCAAUUUACAUCUCGCAGCGGAUUUAAAUGAUCCUUUUGUUGUCCUGUGUCAUUUUGUCAUUUUAACUAGUCCAGUGUUGAGUAUGACUUGAAUGAGUGUGAUGUUGAGUGACGGGACGCAGAUCCUGCACAGGCUUGUUGUAAAGAACACAUCUGAUGUUUGGGAUAACUUCAGCAAUCAGCUGAUGCGCGGAGCUUUGAUAUCGGUUUAGUAUUGAAAAUAGAAAUACGGGACAGAUGCAGCCGUUAUUUUAAUUUUUAUUUAAUAUACUGAAGUUGCAUUUAUUUGACUGACUGAUUAUGGGCCAUACCAGAAUUUUCAUCUGCACAGGGAAAAUAGAUUUACUUUUUUUUCUCCAAGGAUAUUUCAUUACCCAUCUAAUAAAAUGUAUGAUUGUAAUUGUUUUUGUUUUGAGAUAUUUAUGUAGCUGUACGUUACACUGCAGUGCUGCUACACACUAAUAAAGCUGAACCAACAUA